CCCGGCGCCCCCGACUUCCCCGAGGAGCCCGAACCCCGGGCCAGGAGCCGAGGGCGGGCCGGGAGCUCGGCGCCCAAAGGGAAAACUCCUGAGAAAAAGACCAGAGGGGGCAAGAGGAAGGCGGCGCCGGCUCCGGGGCAGGAGCGGCCCGCGGGGACCCGGCCCGACCCCGACGACAGCCCCGACGCGAACGCCGAGCUCGUGGAGACCUACUGCGCCGAGAAGUGGCACUCGCUCUGCAACUUCUUCGUCAAUUUCUGGAACGGCUGAGGGGCUGCGGGCCUGGGGAGGGACCCGGGCGGGCGUCCGGAGGAGGGAAGCUAAGCGCAGCUCGGACCCGGGCCGCGGGAAGAGCGGGGAGGAGCCUAGGCUUAGGGGGGCACGGGCCGGGUGGGGGUCUCUAAGGCGGACGUUAAGUGCUUUUGAGGCGUCUUUGUUUCAAGAGCAGAAGAAAUAGUGGGAACAAAAAAUAGGCAUUCAUUAAAUUUGCAAAACUGUAGAUUGGUACGGAGAGGCCAAGAAGAAGAGGGAAGAGACUGCAGCGGUGGGAAGGUCGUGGGAAGCAGGAUGCAAUGUAUAUUAACGUGGUUGUAUUAAAAUGUAAGCACGAGUGAUAGAUACUCUGAGCAGGCUGAGUUUUUCCAUGUCUCCCCUAUUCUGCUGCUAAGAUGACAGCU